AUGCAGAAUGCGACGCAGAUGUCUGUGGAACGUUGCUUCUUCCAUGCCUCUGUGAACCCACGAUUCAUGAGCGAGGCUUGGCCAAUGCUCCGUCUACAGCCUGGAGACUUAUUGUCAUCAGAGGCAACCAGCUACAAGACCGGACGCAAGAAGAUGCCCGGAAUGGUGGUCGAUACGCCCUCUUUGCGACCAGCAGGACACUUGUCAGACUUUCGGAUGGUUGCUUCGAUGUUGGCUCUUCGGCUGACUCACAAUGGUGGUGAGUUUCAGGGACAUGGAGGAACUUGGCUGGGGGAGUUGUUCGAAUUGGGGCAUGUCUACCGGGACAGGAUGUCAAACUAUGUGAUGUUGUGCCUUGGGUUCCAUUCCUACGUGGCCUUCAUGUUUCGAGUGGCUGAGUUGGACCAUGGUUUCUUCAAGGUUUGCGAGAAAGGGUGCCCACUCGAAGAUGCAAUCUCCAGGUUUCAGCCUGUUUGCCUGACAGACAUCGAGAGGAAAGAGCAAGAACUGGAAGGGAUUUGGACAGCAAUUCCAUGCUCCAUUUGCUUGCCUAGUGACAUUCCGGGCGACUUGCAUGAGAGCGGCCUUUUGCUGAAGAGAACCGGGGAGGAAAUGGGCUUGGUGACCUACAGGUUGCUGCAUGGCGCAGCCAUGUCGCUCAACAUGAUCUCGCGCUUGUGCUUCAUUCUCCGCCUGCCCGUAGAGCUUGCUUGCAAUGAGAAAUCCGUGGGGCCUAAGAUGGCAGUGGUGCGUCAUUUCUGCACGCAUUUGACAGAGGAUGCUAUGAAAGCCCUUGUUGAGAGCAUGACCAAAAAGUCAGAUUCAGAUGACACUUCAAAGCGACUUCAAAAGGACGCCAGAGUUCCAGAUUGUCUCCAUGCAGUGCUGAAAGUUCUCAGUGCGGAAGAGGAUUUCACCCGCUUCGAAGAUCUCAAGUCAAAGAUGGAUGAUGAAAAGCGACUUGAUCUGAUCAUCCGCCGCGAAGGCUAUCAUCACAGCAAAGCUUCAAAGUUUACACCCAAGUUGAUCACAGACUUGCGACCUCCUGGGCUGGGGAUCUACUUGAACAUGCAGCCCACGUUGAAUCAGUUUGCUGGCUACUACGAGAAACCGACAGCAGCUACAAGUUCCAAGGAUUCCAAAGGUUCCAAGGUCAAAAAGCAGAGAGUGACGCGUGGAGGCAACAUGCACACCACUGCUCGCAAGUGGGGUGGGAAAUGGUCGCAAGGUGAUGCACUCGCCCUCGUCGUUUCACAGCUGUGGGCAUGGCACAAGAAUAUGGCAAUGUUUCCCGGCUAUGA